AUGGCAGAAUCAUGUCAAAUAUACUCUAAUCCUAAUAUUGGUGUCAUUAAUAUUGCUAAAAAUGAUAGAAAGCUCUCCUGUUUCAUAUUUCAAGGUGUCAACAAUGGAAUUUAUAAAACAAAAUUUCAAAGAGGAAAAUAUCGAGUUGAGCUUUGGGGAGCAAGCGCAGGAAAUACAGUUGGCUCCGAAUACAAUUAUCCUGGAGGUAAAGGUGGAUAUACUAGAGGUGAUAUUGAGCUGAGAGAAGAAACCUUCUUUACCUUUUAUGUCGGAACGAAAGGAGGUAAUACUGUUGCAGGAUCAUCGGCAGCAGGAACUGCAGGAUUCAAUGGCGGCUCUUCUGGUGCAAGGGAUAUAAUACAAGGAGAUAACCCAUCUGCCGGAUCAGGAGGAUCCACUGAUAUGAGAUUUAGAAAAAGUGCCACAUACAAUCCCACCGUUUAUGAUCGAAUCAUGGUAGCAGGCGGCGGUGGAAGCAGCGGUUCUUAUAUAUAUGCCGGCCUCGGUGGCCAUGGUGGCGGAAUUAAAGGUACACAAGGACAAGUUUCAUCUGGCUCACCCCUUCCCUUAACUUCUAGGGCAACUCAGACUUCUGGUAACCAAAUUUUCCAAGGAGGAAAAGGUCAGGAGUCUGCUUGUGCUGCAGGAAGUGGGGGAGGAGGGUACUAUGGUGGGUUUGGCGGAGUUAUUUCAUCAAACUUGCAAAUGAGCUCGGGUGGGAGCGGGGGUAGUUCUUUUAUUAGUGGUCAUCCUAGCUGCUUUGCAAUGGAUGCUCAUGGAAGAGCACUCCAAACUAGUAUCCAUCCUUCUGGAUUAUUCUUUGAAAAUACUGUUACAAUUCAAGGAAAUUCUGAAAUUCCGUCCCCCAAUACAAUCAAUGGUGUUGAGGAUUUUGGGCAUGUGGGAAAUGGUUUUGCCCGAAUUACUUUUCUGAGCUCUAUUUAUUCGAAAUCUUGUAGCUUUUCUGUUUUUAGUUUAAGGCAAUUUCUCUUCAUCUUUGAAUUUAUAUUGAUAUCUGAGUAA